AUGCCAACUACGACAGCUCUUUCUCCUUUUACGUCCGACCUAGAGUUAAAGUCGUACUGUGAAGACCAAGACUUCCUAUGCAACGGAGAGCCCGAGCCUAACAGUCGCUCGCAGACUUUGAUCUACCAUUUUGAAAACAAAAAGUGGUGGAUCAAAGUAACUUUCAAAGGCGCGAUUUCUUCUUUCCCCCAAAACAAAACAAAAUGCGAACGACGAAAGGAAUACCAAGACUUUGUCAAAUUGAUCGACUUUGAUCCCUUGGCCCUUCUGGAUGAUACUGUAUCUGAGUCAGCUGGUAUUGCGGUGUUUAACAACCUGUAUGCGACCUCCCAAAAUGUCGAACAAAUGGUUAUCGGCGGUAUUCUAUUAGAAUACUAUAGUGGCGGUUCCUUACAACGUGUUUUAAGUGAACAGCGUAUAAGGAGAUUCGGUUGGGAGCGAUGGGCUAUCCAAAUUGGGAAUGCUUUAAGCAUUAUUCACGGUGAAAAGAAAACGCAUAUGGAUCUCAAACCUUCAAAUAUCGUUCUCGACGACGAUGGCAAUGCGGUUAUCAUUGAUAUCAGCGGUAUCGGUGGAAUAACGUACAACUGGCUUGCCCCAGAGAUACGCGGUGAAAUGUCACGUUUGGAUCUUCCGUUCCAAACUCGUCGAUUGAAUGAUGUUUGGGCCUACGGGAAGAUUUUGACUGAAAUUGCGUUAAACGCAGGGAACAGUCCGUUUGCGAGAACUCUGAGGUGGGUUGCGGAUCAUUUAACCAAAGAUGUUGACGCCCGGUGGACUCUGUCUGAUGGAUUAUCUCAUUUGAAAAAUGCUCAAUGUGUUGAUUAG